AUGAGUGAUUCAUCAGCUGCAAAGCCACCUGAGUGGUAUCGGUGGCAGCGUUCUUCUGCAAAAUAUGACCUUUUCUCGUCCGGCGUGAGUCCAAUUUCAAUCGCAGAGCUGCUCGAGAUAUCAGAAAACAAACAAGUCUCGCAGCAACAACUGGCGCUAGACAAAGUCCGACUGGACGACGAUGAAUCGCCCUUGGGACAUGCUCAACUGCGCAAGAACCUAGCGUCAUUGUAUUCUGCUCGCUCCGCUGGAGUUACUCAUGAGAAUAUAUUGAUAACUAAUGCAGCUGCUUCUGCAAAUUAUACGACGUUGUCUGCCAUCCUGUCGCAGGGGGAUCAUGUUAUCCAUCAGCAUCCCAUCGACAAUGUGCUCUCUGACACCCUAAAAUCGCUUGGUGUAGAAGUAACAGCUUGGGAAGCCAAACCGGCUAAGAAGUGGCAGGCUGAUGUCCAGGACCUUAAGGAUGCUAUCAAGGAGACCACAAAAUUGGUUGUGAUUCAGAGUCCUUGUGAUCCUACGGGAACGGUGGUGUCGAAAUCACAACUGGAGGAUAUGAUUGAAGUGGCGCAGGAAAAGGGACUCAUCAUAUUGGCGGAUGAAAGCUACAGACCUCUCUUCCAUUCACUAUCACCAUCUGACGAAGACUUUCCGCCUUCAGCAAUCAACAUGGGAUAUCGAAAGGUCAUCGUCACGGGCACAGUCAAUCACGCUUACAGCCUGCCGGGGGUCAAAGUCGGGUGGAUAGCUUGCAAGAACGCCGAUAUCCUCGAAGCGUGCCAGCGGACACAGUCGCGGAUCGCUUCCUCUCCCUCCCGACUGGACGAAAUCGUCGCGGCUGAAGCUUUGAGUGAUAGAUGCAUCCACGCGCUGUUAAGCAGGAACAUCAGACUCUGCCAAACAAAUCUAGAGCUUCUUCAGGGGUUCGUCGACGAACACAGCUGGGCAGUCUCGUGGGUGAAGCCGCAGGCCGGAACAACCGCCAUGCUUAAGUUCCACAAGAUGGGCAAACCUGUGGACGACGUCGCCUUUUGCGCUGCCCUGCUCAAGAAUGCAGGAGUGUUCCUUUGCCCGGCUAGUGCAACCUACGGUGACUCUCAGAGCUAUCGAGGUUAUGUGCGCGUCGCUUUCGGAGCGCCGACAUCGCACGUCAAGGCAGCGCUCGCAGCUUGGACAUCUGUCAUGGAAGACUACGAGUCUGUUCCAACUGCAUCUCAAAGAUAG